AAAAUAUCUCGAGCAGAACAAAAAUUCUUGCCAAAAUGGAAUGGGGAACGGACAAACAGUCGCUUACAAAAUUAUUCAAAUGCAGUGAAUGAAUCGGUUUCAUUUGCUAUUGAAUCUCCUCGUUAAGGUCACUCUGUUUGCUAGUUUAAUUUCAUUUGAAGACAGGUUCAUUGAGUGGAUUUAACUUAUAGCAUCCUACGAUGGAAAACACUGGUGUAAAGUCAGAAUUUCGCAAGCCAUCUUCUGAAUCAGCUGGCAGAAAGUAUAGGCGUCGAUCUCCUGUUAGUGGGUCAUCAUCAUUGGAUGAAAGUCCUAAGCGAGACCGUAGUUUGAGUCCGAAGCUCUUGAGAGAUGAUGCCUCAAAAGACUCUGAACGGCAACGAAGAAGAAAAGAUGAUGAAAGAGGUUUGAAUAAGGAUUAUAGAAGUCAUUAUAGUGGAAGUUCUGAUUCAUAUAAAUAUUCUGAUCAUAAAUCCUCUAGAAGUUUGCAUGGUUACUCUGGGCAUGAUGAUUAUGCCAAACAUGACAAAUAUGCAGAUGAAGAAAGAGAUAGUGAGCGGUUAUCCUCUCGUUCUCGUAGGGAUUCAAAGGGUGGUGUUCAUUAUGAUCAUACAAGACGAGAUAGAAGUAGAGAUGGGGAUUCAUUAUCCGAGAGACAUGGUUCAGGUAGUAGAAGGCACUCAAAUUCUCAUGAAAUGGGGAAAAAUAGGAAUAUAAGAGACCGAGAUGGUCGAGAUGAGAAGAGAGACAAUGUGAAACAUUCUGGAGAUUACAAACAUGAACAGGGGCUCUCCCAUGAUGAUGCUAGGGGCAAUCGAUAUGACUCAUUUUCGGGAAGGGUUGAAAGUAGGCACCAUAUGAAAGAAAUUUUUAAGAGUGACCGGAAGGAACUUGAUGGUGAAAAGUUUGCUAAAGAGGAAAGGAAAUAUGAGGACCGAGAAACUAACUGGGACAAGGGGCAAGGUAAAGAAUCAAAGGGAAAGUAUGAUGGUAAAGGUGUUUUUGUUGGAAAUCAAGCAACGCCUGCUAAAAAACCUAAAUUGCUUAGCUUGGGAGAAGAAGUUAAUCAUGAACUGGAUGCUGAAGAAAACCAAUCUUCAAUCUCGAAGCAAGAACAGGAUGGAAAACUGAGUUUAGGACAAGGCCGGAGUGGCGACUCUGAUUUUGCUGCUGACUUUAGUGCUGCAAAAGUUGCUGCAAUGAAAGCUGCUGAAUUAGUUAAUAAGAACCUUGUUUGAGUGGGUUAUAUGAGCACCGAUCAAAAGAAGCUGCUUUGGGGGACCAAAAAGAGCACUGCCGUAGAGGAGUCCGGACACCAGUGGGAUACGGCGUUGUUUACCGAUCGUGAACGGCAAGAAAAAUUCAACAAACUCAUGAGUCUGAGGUUGCCUUGGUGCCUAUGGCCAAUUGUAGGGUGUGAAGGGCGAGCUGAAGAUGGAGCUCCGACCAACCAACAAAGAUGGCAGAGAACUUCUCCGUGCCGAAAAUCAAAAGGAGCUGCAGAUGGAUUUGGAAAAGCAAUACACUGCUGGACUACGAAGAAGAGAUGGUCGAACUGUGGGAUUAGGUCUUUAAGCAUCUUGGCCGUUGGCUCUGGAUUAUUUCUGUGCUUGGAUGAAAUUGUUAUGAGAAUGUUUUCUUUAUGUUGCUGCACAAGAGUUGUGUUGAAUGUGCAAUCGACAACUUUCGAAGGUAUGUUCUUCCCUUCCCCGCCUCCCCUAAAAACCAUAGGAUUUUGGCGUUAUGCAUUUAUGAAGCUUAGAAAAUUAUUAGUUGCCUCAAAUUCCUAAAUUUAUUGGUGUGAGAUCCCACAUCGGAUGAAGAGAGGA